AUGGCCUCGCCCGUCACCGGCGACGCGCCCAACGGCAUCGCGACGCCCACCGGCGGCGGCAGCGGCAGCGGCAGCGGUCCCAGCCAACCCGCCAACCCAACCACCAGCACACCCCCCAGCAACCCAUCCGCCAACCCCGCCGCAACCACCACCACCCCGGGCGGCGGCGGCGGCGGCAGCGGCGGCGGCGAAUCCUCCGCUCCCGCAGCCGGCGGCGCCUCCACAGCGCCCGCGCAACAACAACAACAACAACAACAACAAUCCCCACCAACCACAACGACAGCAGCCGCCGGCGUCGGCGCCACCGCCUCGGCACCCACAAUCCAGCCCAACACGUCGCUCACGGACACGGGGCUGACGAAGCGGCCGCGCGACGCGCGGCUGCUGCACAUGGUGCUCGCGCACCUGGGCGUGACGGCGUACCAGGAGCGGGUGCCGCUGCAGCUGAUGGACUUUGCGUACCGGUACACAGCGGGGGUGCUGGGCGACGCGGUGGCCAUCUCGGCCGAGACGACGGCGACGACGGCGGGGGCGGGGGGGACGGGCAAGGGCGGGGCGCCGGGGAAUCCGAGAGGAGCGGGUGGUGGUGGUGGUGGAGGAGGGGGUGGAGGUGGAGGUGUUGGGAGUGAGGAGGGGACGGUGAGCUUGGCGGCGAUUCGGUCGGCGAUUGCGAGUCGUUUGAAUUAUCAGUUCAAUCCGGUGUUGCCCAAGGAGUUUUUGCUGGAGCUGGCGCAGGAGAAGAAUCGGGUGGGCUUGCCGAGGCCCGAGAGGGAGUAUGGCGUGAGGUUGCCGCCGGAGCGGUACUGCUUCACUGGCGCGGGGUGGGGGUUGAAGGAGGAGUGGGACAGUGAUGUUGAAGAUGAUGGGGACGAGCAGCAGGGCGUCAAUGGUGGGGACCAGAUGGAGGGUGUGCAGGAAGAGGGCAUGGAUGAGGAUGAGGACGAGUUCGAGGAUGUCAUGGGUGUUGGUGGAGAGGACCGGGAGAUGGAGGACGCUUGA